UGUAAAUUGUAAAAUUGACAUUUGCUUGUAGAUUUGUUUGAUAUAAAAAAAAACUUGGUGUGGUCAUUUGUUUCUUUUUAAUUAUUAGUGUCUUGUGUUGUUACUUUCUUGUAAGAGUGUAAGCGUAAAAUGAAGUCUAAAAAACGGCACCAUAGCAUAUCAUCUGAAGAAACAGGGGAAUCUGAUGCUAGUGCGAAAAGCAGCAGCAGUUCCAAUAGUGACAGUGAGGUAUCAUCAUUACUGGAACACAGACACAAAAAGAAACGAAAACGUGCCGAUUCUUCGGAAUCAGAUUCAGAAUCAGACAACCAGAAACGAGCUAAAAAGCGCAAGCACAAGAAAAAGAAGAAGAAGCAUGGAAAAAAGAAACGGCGUUCUGGUUCCGCGGAUGAGAGCGCGUCGGACGCCGAGGACGUCUCCUCAGUCAGCGAAGGCGAGAUAUCAUCUAAAAAGAAACGCAAACACAAACAUAAACACAAGCGCACCCGUAGCUCGUCCGCUAGUGAAAUAGAGGAUGCUCAUGUUCAACGCCGCAUACACAGUGUAGUUAAGGAGCGUAGAGGAUCUUCAGAGGAAGAAAGUCAUCCUGUCCGCACAUAUUAUCAGAAGGAGUAUAGGCGAUCAAUGUCAGCUGACUAUGAAAGGGAAAGGGAGGUGCAAAGAUUUUACAGAGGCUCUAGUAAAGAGCGCAGGGCUCAGGCACCAGAGCAGUAUGGCAGGGAGCGCUCUGACAGAUACCAACCAUAUCAAAAUAAGUAUGACACAAAUAGAGACAAGUUCACACAAAAUGUACCAUACACUGAAUAUAAUGAUGACUAUGGGAGAAGGCAAAGAGAUUACAAUGAAUACAAAAGAAAUCCAAGGUAUGAAGAUCAUAGGCCACCUGAAGAUGAAUUUAAUAGAAGGCCACGAGAAGAGGCAUAUGCUCGUCAGGACCAAAGAGGGUUCAACCAAAACAACCGUUUUGAAGACAGGGCUCCGAAAAGGCGGGACUACGAGCCUAAUAAGGAUUAUCGCGAAAGGCGGGGACCUCCUGAAAUUGGUCGUUUCAAUGAGAGGGAGUUUCCAGAAAAGAAGGAAAGAUUCCGCGAAGAAUAUGGAGGACCAUCAGACAGGGCACGUGACACUCGCCGCGAGAAGCCAGCUGGUAGACUUGAGAAGAGUCCUGUACCACACAGGGAAUAUUCAAGAUCCAGAAGUGUCGAGCGUUACAGAGAGCGCACCAUAAAGACAGAACCUAAAGACGACAGAGACACCCGUUAUAGGGACUCUCGAGGGGACGGCCGUGAUGCUCGUGGUGAAGGCCGCGGCGAGGCUCGUGGUGAAAUUCGUGGUGACGUUCGUGGUGACGGUCGUGGUGACGGUCGUGGUGACGUUCGUGGCGACGGUCGUGGUGACGGUCGUGGUGAUGUUCGUGGCGACGGUCGUGGCGACGGUCGUAGUGACGUUCGUGGCGACGGACGUAGCGACGGCCGUGACAACCGCAGAGACCGCAACAGAAGCGAAGAGCGGAAGGUAGAUCGUCGGGACAUCAAAAUAGAAAGGAGGUCUCGGGAACGGAAAACAAGAUUUACCGAUAACAAUGAAAGCAAAGAAUAUUCUUGGGGCAAAGCAGAUGUUAAAAAAGAGUCUGACAAAAAUAAGGGUGAAAAAGAGAAACCGAACUUCGGCCUAUCCGGCAAACUGACAGCCGACGCUAAUACUGUAAAUGGGGUCGUCAUUAAAUACACAGAGCCUGACGAUGCUAAACAACCCAAACGAAGAUGGAGAUUCUAUCCUUUCAAAGGUGACAAGGCUUUGCCCAUCCUGUACAUACACAGACAGUCAGCGUUCCUCAUAGGGAGAGAUAAGAAAGUGUGCGAUAUACCUCUGGAGCAUCCGUCCAUCAGCAAACAACAUUCGGCGCUGCAGUACCGUGCCACGCCCUUCACCAGGCCUGACGGGUCGCAGGGGAGACGAGUCCGACCUUAUAUUAUCGAUUUAGAAUCAGCGAACGGCACGUUCGUGAACAACAAGAAGAUCGAGCCGCGGCGCUACGUGGAGCUGCUGGAGCGCGACGUGGUGAAGUUCGGCUUCUCGCAGCGCGAGUACGUGCUGCUGCACGAGAACAGCAAGGACGACGCGCAGGACGACGACGAGCCGCCCGCCGCGGCCCCGCGCGUCGCCACCACCGACCAGAUCAAGCACGAGAAGCGCAUCAAGCAAGAACUCGUCGAGGACGGGGAGUGAACGCUCAUACCGUAUUAGUUUCAUAGGUUUUAUUAUUAGUAUUUCACAUCUUUGACAAGUUUGCAAAGGUAAUCGUGUAGGAAUUAUACGGGCCCUUCGCCACUGUAUAUAUACCCGGACGGUAUAACAAUAGAGGUGCGAUCAAAUUUGACGUUAAAUUAUAUUGUAAUGUGAAAUUACAUGUUUUAUGUAGACCAAAUUAUUGUAAUGCGUCGUACCGUAUAAAUGUGCUAUUGGCAUCUUAUGAAAUUAAAACAGUUUAAAUGUA